AUGGCCGCCGUCGCCCAAGCACCGUCUGCGAUCCCGCAACCAUCCAUAGACAGUGCCCCCCGUCCAUCGUCCGCCGCGUCGAAUCCACAGAAAAAGGAGACUGCACCUGCAUCCAGCGACAAUAAAGAGCCGGCUGCUGUUACCGUCAAGGAGCCCACCCCUGUUGACGAGCCCGCCGAGAAGGACGCUCCUGGCAAGUACCCCCACAGACCGCCCAUCCGACCGCAAGGCGUCCGCUCCCGAUUCGACCAAGAACCCAACCCCUUCGAACAAUCCUUCUCCCACCCCGCGCCCGACGACAACACCCCCCCAAGAGGCACCGACGCCACAUCCACCCGCCACAACGCGCUGCCCCCGCUCUCAUCCCUCACCAGCCCCGCCGCGGCCGACCCUACCCAGUUCCCCUGGCUAGCCAACCAGUCCCUCCGCGCCGGCCCUCUGAGCCCUGCUAUGCUCACCGGCCCCCAGGGGCAGAACCAACCGAACCCCCAACGCCCUGCCGACGAGUCCAACCAGCCUUCCGAAGGCGCUUUCGAGCAGGGUUCGUUCCGUACCGGUUUCACGCCUGGUACAGGGACAGGCUUCACCCCGGGGUACAACUCAUUCAUCAACUCCUCCCUCAGCUCUCUCCCCAUCCCUUCGCCAAACACCGCCGCAUUCUUGAAUUCCAUCACCAACGUCACCCCCCUCGGGGAAGGUUCCGAAGUCGCCCAAGCCGCCCAAGCUGCUGCAGCUUCCACCACCAACCCUAUGCACGACCACCCCCAUCCCCCGUCCGCCAUCCCGCCGCAUAUGCAACAGCACGCUCCGCCUCAUCAUCCCGCACACCACUCCACCCCUCCGAACCACCCCGCCCAGCCCUCGGGGGUGCAAGAGACCAUCACGCCGAAUACCCUCAACGCCCUGUCUGGCGUAUUCGGCGACAUGUCCCGCGCUCCACCUGGGGCACACGGGCAACCGCCUCCGGGGUUCUUCCCCGCGCCAAUCCCGGGCCAGGGGCAUCCGGGUCAACCGGGUAUGCCGCCGUAUGUCGACUACGCACAGCAUAACGCCAAUGCAGCGUCUCAAGCCGCGAACGGUCUCUUCCUCCUCAGCCAAGCGCACCAAGAACUGUCAAAGCGGGAAGAAGCCGAGGGCUCCCACUCCCCUGUUGGCGCCAACAACACCCGCCGGGGAGGCAGGGCUGUAUCGCAGACUGCGCCGGGGAGUAUUGCGGGGCAGAAGAGGAAGCCUGAGGCGGCACCGGCGACGAACGGGAAUGGGAAGGCGAAGAAGGGGAAGAAGGGAGGGAAGGCGCAGGUUGUGGAGAAGGAGACGGCGAGUGAGGAUUCGGAUGAUGGGGGGAGUCAGGGACGGGGCGGGGAGGGGGGCAAGUUUGAGACGGAGGAGGAUAAGAGGAAGAACUUUUUAGAACGAAACAGACAAGCCGCGCUCAAAUGCCGCCAACGCAAGAAGGCCUGGCUCACCGAACUCCAAUCCAAAGUCGAAACCCUCACCAUCGACAACGAGCGCCUCCAACAAACUGUGCAGCAGAUGCAUGAGGAGGUGGGGAGGCUGACGGCGAUAUUGAUGCAGCAUCGGGAUUGUGGGUUGGGGAUGCCGACGGGCUUUGGGGGACAUCCGGGGGGGCAUGGGCAUGUGGGGGGGAGGUUGCGUUGA